UCACCUUAUUUUCCUUUUAGUAUAGUAUAGAUUACCUCAUCAAUCCAUUAUUUUAAUUACUCCGAAUCCGAAUGACAUUGACAUGGCAUUAAAAUGAAUGAUACUUGAUAAAUUUUUUCUGGAUUAAUAAUUUUGUUUAGAGAGCUAGUAGAUGCUGAAUUAGUUACAGAAGCAAUUCAUCAUUUUCACCAUCAUUUUGUUGUCUAUGAUUGUAGACUUGUAGUAUACAGAGAAAUCAAUACUGAAAGGAAAACAUUUGUUUCAGCAGAAAAUUAUUUGAAAAAUAAAAGACGCCCAAAAGAAAAAUAAAAAAAUGAAAUGCCGACAAAACAAGAGUAGCAAAGUAAAGGAAAAAAAAAAACAGUAAGAAACAGAUUAAAGAAAAAAAAGCAAGGAAGGAAAGAAGAAGAAGAAGAAGAAAUAGAGAGGAGAUUAUUGGUACAUCUCCCCUCACUAUCGCUAUUAGUCAAACGUCUCAUCUUGUCAGAUCGGCUGUCUUUUACUCUCUGAGGGAUUUGUUGUUACUCUGAUAAGUCUCUCCACAUCUUCUUGCUAUGGACUGUAACAUGAGAUCUCCGUUGCUGUGGGACUGGGAGAAUCUGAUCAUCUCCAAUCCUUCAAAUGACAAAAAGCAGCUUACUAAUACUACUAGUGAGUGGGAAAUUGAGAAAGGUGAAGGAAUUGAAUCUUUAUUUCCCUGUUUGGAUGGCCUCCAGAGAGUUAGUAAUGACUCUACCACCAGUUUCUGGCACACCACUUCUGUAUCAAAAAGCUCACAGUCAACCUCCACCAACUCAUCAUCUCCCAUAAUCAAACAAACCAAGCUUGCAUCAGAAAAUUCCCCUGGAGAUUCUUGCAGCAACAUAGAUUUUGUCCAGGUGAAGACAUCCACAGCUGUUGAAUCAGACCUUUGUUUAAAACUUGGAAAGCGGACGUACUCUGGUAGAGACGUUUCACCCGUUUCUACGAAGCUGUUGCCUCCUUGUGUUGUUACUCGGAAGAAAUCUAAGUUCUGUGGUCAGAGCAGCAUGCAAGUCCCUCGUUGCCAAGUUGAUGGAUGUGAUCUGGAUCUCUCAUCUGCUAAGGACUAUCAUCGUAAGCAUAGAGUCUGUGAAACCCAUUCAAAGUGCCCCAAAGUUACUGUGAGUGGCGUGGAACGACGAUUCUGCCAACAGUGUAGCAGGUUGCAUGCCGUCUCUGAGUUUGAUGAGAAGAAACGAAGCUGUCGCAUACGUCUUUCUCAUCAUAAUGCAAGGCGUCGCAAGUCACAAGGAGUCUUUCCAUUUAAUCCAGAGAGAGUGUAUGAUCAAAGACAGCAUACAAAUGUUGUGUGGGGUACCACUUGUGAUACAAAGCCAACACAGAGGGAAAGUGGCUUUACCUUGAGCUUCCAGAGAGGCAAUGGAUCUAAGGAAGAGCAGUUGUUUGCUAGUAGCAACCACUCUUUAUCUGCGUAUCAAACCUCAGGCGGGUUCUCAGCAGGGAAGAACAAGUUUCAACUUGGUGUGGGAGAAUACUCAGAAGUCCUCCAUCAAUCUCAAGAUUUCCACCGUGCUUUCUCUCUUCUGUCAACUUCUUCUGGUCCCCUGGUUCACCCACAUGCACAGCAACCACUGUCUCUACUUUUUUCAUUUGAUGGUGUACCAAAAUAGGCGAGUAAGUGAUUUGGAAUUUGUAAAACCAGUUAGCUUCAGUUAGUGGAUACUAUUUCAAACCUAUCAGAUCAGCUGCCUCCUUUUGUAUGUUGUAUUUAUCAUUGUUUUGUUACUCAUUAGUAAGCAAAGCAAACUGUCAACAAAACACUAAACAGUGAAUAUAUAUGAUGUAACUCUGGUAGCCUUUGCAGAGUAUCUGUAUC